AGAGAGAGAGAGAUGCCUCUCUCAGUCACUAACUAGUCAGUCUAAUACAACACUCACAUUUUGUUUUCAUAGCAAUGAGAGAAGAAAAAAAUCGUUUGGAGACUUUUAAGGACUGUAACUUCAGUGUAAACAGUCAUGUACUUGCAAAGGCGGGUUUCUAUUAUACUCAUAAAGCAAAUCUUUUAGAAUGUUCAAUGUGCCAUUUUCAAAUUGAUGCCACGAACGUAAACAAAGAUGAAAAUAGAAUCAUUGCUUUACAUAAGAAAGAGAAACCAGAAUGCACAUUUAAUCAGAACGUGAAAAGAUCUAUUUCUAAGAAGUUUGAUUCAUAUGACAGUUUACGGUUUGAAAAGGAACGUUUGGAUACCUACAUAGAUUGGCCACUUGAAUGGUUAGAACCAUCUGAUUUGGCUCGUGAUGGCUUUUACUAUCUGCGAACAAAUGACCACGUUGCUUGUGUCUUUUGUCGAGGCAUUGUUGGUUCCUGGGAAAGAGGAGACACUCCCAGAGGCGAACAUCAGCGGCACUUUCCCCAUUGUCAAUUCAUUCGAAACCAACCAGUGGGAAAUUUUCCACUGAUAUUUAAUGAAAAAUUCGAGGAAAUGAGUAAAAAUUCGUGGUCUAGUCCUAGACAAGGAAUAGAUGUCUGUGGUCUAAGUCCUAUGACAGACAAUGGAGUUCACCAACAUACCAUUGCAAGCGCCAAGCGAAAAGACUACUUAACACUUGAAAGUCGCCUAGCAAGCUUUAACAAUUGGCCUGAACGUGUAACACAGAAACCAACUGAAUUGUCAGAAGCUGGAUUCUUCUAUUGUGGUUUAAGUGAUCAUGUGCGCUGUUAUCAUUGUGGGAAUGGACUUCGAAACUGGGAAACUGAUGAUAUACCUUGGGAUGAACAUGCUCGCUGGUACCCAGAGUGUACCUUCCUCUUCUUGAUGAAAGGAAAAGAAUUCAUUGAUCAGGUUCAAGGGGAAAGGCCACCUUAUGAGACAAACCCUUCAAUAACCCAUAUCAAUGAAGAUCAACACAAACUUAUUAAGGAACUAGACAUAACUAAGCACCUUAUUUCAAUGGGUUUCCAGGAAGAUCAUGUGAUGACAACGUAUCAUAAUCAACUCAAAGAGAAGGGGUUACCUUUCUUUGACAUUGAGUCAUUUAUUGAAGCAGUCUUACAGUACAUGGAAAACGAAGUUAGAAAAUGUCUAGUAAAUAAAUUGGCAUUGGCUGAAGUUGAUGUUGUCCCAAGCCCAGCCAUAUCUGAUAGAAAUGAGUUGGCUUCUGACACAAACCAACAAGUAGAAUCAUCUACAACUUUAAUGGAAUUGGCAAUGACUGAAGUUGAUGUUGUCCCAAGCCAACCAAUGUCUGAUGGAACUGAGUUGGCUUCUGACCAAAACCAACAAGUAGAAUCAUCUACAACUUUAAUACAGCCUAUAGUAGAUGAAUUGGCAUUGGCUGAAGUUGAUGUUGUCCCAAGCCAACCAAUGUCUGAUGGAACUGAGUUGGCUUCUGACCAAAACCAACAAGUAGAAUCAUCUACAACUUUAAUACAGCCUAUAGUAGAUGAAUUGGCAUUGGCUGAAGUUGGUGUUGUCCCAAGCCAACCAAUGUCUGAUGGAACUGAAGUAGAAUCUACAAUAGUUGAUGAAUUGACAUUGACUGAAGUUGAUGUUGUCCCAAGCCCACCAAUGUCUGGUGAUUCUAACCCACAACCAUUAUUUGGUAGAAUAACUGAUCAAGUUGCCACUCUCCUAAAGUCAGAAGGUACAAUUAGACACAGAGUGAUUGAGUGUAAGAUUUGUAUGGAGAAUGAGAGUGAGUUAAUGUUUUUACCUUGUAAUCACAUAUGCACUUGUUUCAAAUGUGCAUCAAACAUAUCCACAUGUCCAAUUUGCAGAGCUGAGAUAAAAUAUACUAUUAAAGCAAUUAUAUCAUAGUAAAGAAUGUUUUAGAUGUGUGAUAAUGAUAUGAGAUGUGCUGGUGGCUGAAGGUGCUGAGGGAGACCAUAUUGAAAAUACUUCAUACCCAAGACUCUUCUAAGAAAUUAGAAAACAUCAUUGUCAAGAAAGUUGUGUUGGAUACAAAAAUAUGUCCACACCUACAGUAAUAAGGAUGAUUUUAGACCAUUUACAUAACAUAAUGUAUCCUAUCUAUCAACCCGGCUGGAAAUAUAUGAAUUUCAAAUCUUAUUAUUCCUAUAAUAAAUACCUUAUAAUUAUUAUUGACGAAAUAUUAUUCCUCUCCCCAGAUAUAAUCUCAGAUGAGGAAAAGUUGUAGUUUAGUUAUACCAAUGUGUGUGUGUGUAUCCUUUCAAAAUACAUAUUUCUAUUUUUUUUUUGUCUUUAAGGUAGUAUAAAAGUGUCACUAAGGUAGCCUGCAGCAGAACACAGUUUAUAGAUUAAUUAGUGGUAGAGUCGCAAUCCAAGCACACUACACUACAUACUACCUCUUGAUAUAACUUUCUAGACAGUGAAAGUGAACAAACAAGCAGUACUAUUCAAUCUCUGGCGGAACUGAAGAAGCAAACAACCAUUCCACAAACUAGUCAAGCCAAUCAACCAACUUGUCUGUCAACUGAUCUACAACCACCCAACCAAUCUGUCCAUCAACUGGUCUACAACCACUCUUUUUC